AAAGACUAUAUUCUCAGUCUUCCUUCGCUCUCUGUGUCUCUCUCACUUUUUCCAAAAUCGACGAUGUCGUCUCUCAUAAUUUCUAUGUAUUUUAAUCUCAACAAGCAGACUAAUUUAAACAUAAAUCCGCAGAGAAUGGGUAGAGAACCCAUCCACCAAUGCUCUGAUCUCUGUGCCUUAAUGGCUACUACCCUUCUUUCUCCUCCUCCUCCUCUUCUCUCUCUGCUUCUUCUCUUUUCCUCUAAUCCAUGGUUCCUUCUACCCAUGAAAAAUCCACUCUUAAAUGUUCGUGACGACCCCUUUUCGAUUUCAUUGCCUUGUCUGUAACGGAUGGCCGUGGCUUCUCUGGUACGUUUUGCUCUCUCCCAAUACACCUUCACCUUUCCAUGACCACUUUGUGGCUUCUCUGGAUAUUGGAUGAAUUGGGUUCCUGUUGAUGGAUUUCAUGGGUUUUGGUUGUAAAUAGAUAGCUUCCGUGGGUUAGGACAGUUUUCUCUCGAUGUCGAACGAGGAUGAAGCAGAGGGUUUCCGUAGUCGUGAUGGGGGUACUGGUAAUAAGACCUGGGUUGGAUUUUCUUCUUCCAACCAAGGUGGAGAUGAUGGUUCUUCUGAUGGAGAACCUCAGGAUGCAGAUUAUUCUUACGUUUCAUCGUUGAAUGAUGAGUUAGGCCUUCUUAUCUUGGCGAGGAUACCAAGAUCAGAACAUAGGAAGUUCUGCUCUGUAAACAAGCGAUAUCUAGCUCUGUUUAAGAGUGACGAACUCUAUAAGAUUAGGAAAGAUUAUAGGAUUAAGGAGGCUUCGGUUUUCAUGUUGGCUUGCGGUGAACCGCAUUGGUGGGAGUUCGACCGGCAAUUCACUUCUUGCAGGAAGCUCUCUGUUUUGCCGUCGGACGCUUGCUUUGCCUCUGGCGAUAAGGAGUCUCUCUGUGCAGGAACCCAUUUGCUUGUUUCAGGUAGGGAGUUUGAAGGUAUGGCUAUUUGGAGGUAUGAACUGGUAACCAACAAAUGGUUCAAGGGUCCUUCUAUGAUCGAUCCAAGGUGCCUCUUUGCGUCUGCCAGCUGCAGUGAAAUGGGUUGUGUUGCAGGUGGGAUAGCCAUGAGAGCCAGGGGAACAGAGAUCUUAAACACUGCUGAGAAAUAUAACCCUGGGAACAAAUCAUGGGUCUCUCUUCCCCGGAUGAAUCAACGGAGAAAGCUCUGUUCAGGUUGCUUCAUGGAUAACAAGUUCUAUGUGCUUGGUGGGCAAAAUGAAGAAGAGGUUAAUCUCACUUGCGGUGAAUUCUAUGAUGCAGAGAAGAACACUUGGGAAUUGAUUCCAAACAUGUUGGAGAAUCCUCCAGUUUUAAAUCCUUUAACUUCCAGGUCUCCACCACUAGUUGCAGUUGUGAACAACGAGCUCUAUUCUUUAGAACCCUUCUCAAACCAACUUAAGGUGUAUUUGAAGGAUAACAGAUCAUGGAGGUAUUUGGGAGAAUCUCCAGUGAGAGCUGAUCAGAGCAGAGGAUGGGGUGUAGCUUUCAAGUCUCUGGGUGAUGCCCUUCUUAUAAUUGGUGGGACUAGCCCACAUGGUGGCAAUGGUAUGACCAUAUAUACUUGUUUCCCUGAUCCCAACUCUCCUGGGAAUUUAGAGUGGAGGUUUCUUGGCAAUGGGGGUAACAGAAUGAGCCACUUCAUUUUAAAUUGCUCUGUGAUGGUAGCUUGAAGUUUGAUCUUUCUGAGUCUCUCUCUCAGGAACAAAAGCCAAGUUGGUAAGCUCAACAAGAUGAAAUGAUCAGAAGCUUGGCUGUGUUUAUUAUACAUGUACUUUUUUUCUACCU